AGGACCUGUUUCUGGCGGUACCUGCUGGGUGGUGGCUGCUGCAAUCCUGCCUAGGCUAGCUAGGCCGCUCCCCCCACCUCGCCCUGCCUGCUCCCCUCUCCGGUCGAGCCACCGAUGGCCGCCCUCCACCUCCGCCCUUUCCACUCCCUCGCUCUCCCCGCAGCCAAAACCACCCCUAGUCCCAACUGGCUCCUCCCGCCGAAGGCAAGGGCAAAGGGCAGAAGCGUCCGCCUCGCCUUGUUCGUGUGCGCCGCUUCCAGUUCCAACCCCACGCCCGCAGCCCCCUCCUCCUCGGCGUCGACCUCGGGGGAUAAGAAUGGCGCCGCGUCGGCCGCUGCUAAGUGGGCCGCGUGGAUCCCACGCGCGGCGGUUGGCGGGGUCGGCCCGGAGCAGGUCCUCCGGCUCAUCUCCGGCGCCGCGGCCACGCCCAUCUGCCAGUUCGUCGACUCCCCUCGCACCUUCCUCCACUCCGUCGACCCCCGCGUCAAGCUGGUUUGGCUCUUGGCUCUUGUUGUCCUACCAGCCAGGUCAAAUAUUUAUAUGCGGUUUGGUUUGGUAACAGGCCUUGCUCUUCUUUCAAUGUGGGUUCUGCCAAAUCAUGUCUGGAAGGAUCAACUUGGAAGGGUUACUCUUCUUUCAGGCAUCAUAUUCAUAAUGCUGGGAUUUGGUUCCGAUGGUGCACCUUCAUUAGUCCAGACAAGAACUCCUCCCCCAUUUGUUCUAGGUGUGCCAAAUAUUCCUUGUUCCUUGAGUGGGUAUUCUUACACUAUCAUGAAACUAGGACCACUACAGUUUACAAGGAAAGGCUUAUCAGUAGCAAGUACAUCAGCAUGCCUCUCAUUUGCGAUAUUCCAAAGUGCAAGCCUCUGCUUGACCACAACCACUCCUGAGCAACUUGCUUCUGCUUUGUGGUGGUUUAUGAUUCCACUGAAGUUUAUCGGUGUGCCAGUUCCUGAGAUAAUACUUACACUACUACUAUCUUUGAGGUUCAUUAAUCUAGUAUUUGAUGAGGUUCGCAAUUCAGCACUGGCAAUUGUAGCACGUCGAAUAGAUUGGAAAAAGCUGGCAACUAUGGAGACUAUAGAUAUUUUCUUCAACUACGUCCAGCGAAUUUUCAAAAAUAUAUUUGAUCAUGCGGAGCAAAUAUCCAAGGCAAUGAUUGCUCGAGGAUACCGCGGUGACCCGAGCAACCACAAAAUCUACUUUCUUGCAGAGUCUUCAUUUGGCAUUGUGGAUGCAUUUUCAUUGCUCUGCCUAUUUGCUGUAAUGGGUCUGGCUUCCUUCUCAGAUAAACUGGUUUGAUGGUACCAGGAACUCAGCGAUAUAGCCAUGGGAACGCCAUCCCCCAAUCCCCCAUGUUGCUCAAAACGUGAUCUACACUCAAUAGCAGCAGCCCGUUCAGUGUGGUUGGCACAUCAGUGUAGUGGAAACAUAGUACGGAGUAACAUUAUGAUAUUGCAUAUUAUGAUCAUGGAGAACAAAUAGUGAUUUCAGUGUAUUGCAUAACAACGUUUUGGAGAAAAGGCACGUUCUAAGCGGGCGAGUUAUGUGUAUUCUAUACCCAAUGCUAAGCAGGUGCAACACCAUGUGACAUCACCCGCAAACCCUGAUCAUGGAAAGCUACAGUUAACAUUAGUCUAGUGUUCAAUGGAGUUCGUCAGAUGAUGUACAGAUUGAACGACCUCAAUUAUCUGUCUUAAUAUCACGAGAGGCAUCCUUUGCAAUAUGGAAAAAUAUAGUUUUACUUCA